CAAUCCUACUCUAUGCUCAUAAACUGUUUACUCCUCUUCUAGAUAAUGGAGUUCAGCCUAGGACUCCCGAAUGAGAUAUUGCCCGUAGUUUUUCGAGACCUUGACCCGCAAGACUUGGUCAGUUGCAGUCGCACUUGUUGGUCUUGGAAUGCUAUUGCAAACUCCCUCCUCUACGAAACCGUAUCUUUUGUUUCACAUGCCAAAUUUCAGCAGUUUGUCGAGACUAUUACUGAUUCUCAGAACCAUUAUGAAAUGUGUGUCGGAAAUAGCAUCAAUACUUACCGACCACUCGGACAGCUCGUUAAGUCCGUGGAAAUAACAGCAGGCUAUACUCGACGCGAUGAUAGAUAUGAUUACUCGACAAUGCUUUCUCGACUUGCUUCUAAAACUCCAAACGUCCACAAGGCAAAAAUGUAUCUCCCUAUUUUGUCUUCAAAUACUUAUGAUGGCUUGUCAUUCAAUUGGAGCAACUUAGCCUCACAAUGGUCCAAGCUGACAAGUCUAUCUCUAAAAGGGUCUUUAGAAUAUGGGAUGGAAACAUACGACAUGAAAAACAUCAAUGAUGUAUUCAGUAGAUUGCAUCAUCUCAGUGUCGUUCGUUGCGAUGAUUUUCUGACCCACAUGCUACCAUCACUGCCUACUAUGCCAUAUUUACAAUCUUUUAUGGCCACCAUCUACCGUACAAGCGAUUAUCAAGCAUUAAAGAAGAUAUUGCAAACCUAUCAAACCACUUUACAUACCUUGGUCAUAGAAUUUUUUUGCUUUUAUCCGCAAAUCUCAUUCAAUUUGGAUGACCUUAAUAUUGGCCACAAACAGUUGAAAGCAUUCGGGCUUAUGAAGCAUGAUGAUACGCAGAUUAACAUCACCAAAUUUGGAGACAACUUGGAGCACCUUGAAUGGUGGAUCUUCAGUCUGAAACCCGACGAGAUAUUGAACCAGUCAAUACAUCAAGCCAUGAUUAAGACAAGUACCCUCAAGACCUUAUCUUUUGCUGGAAAGAUGGCUCUCGAUCAUAUUCCUUUGGUUUUAGAAGCGAACAAGCACAGCCUACACACUUUUUAUGUCGAUCAUGCCCGUGGCAACGAUCUGAUCGCACUUUUACAAGAUAGCAAAGUGCGGCUCUAUAACGUCGUUACACUUUGCUUUGAAUGCCCACUUCUCGAAAAUGCAGAUGUACGAUCCCUUGCCGAGAUAUUCCCCAAUGUGAAAUACCUAGCACUGCGCAGAAAUAGGCUUUCACACGAGAUGAUAAAAGGCACAAGAAACAUAAGCACAAGAAACAUAAGCACAAGAAACGUAAGCACAAUGAACAUAAGCACAAGGAGCAUACCGAGUGGAAGCAAGCUUACGAUUGUGGAAUUGAAUAGGGGUCCGGUAUGGAUCGCCACGGAGUCUCUAUCUCAUUUUCAACAUUUAAAAGCUCUUGACAAAAUCACCUUUCCGGAACUUGUAGAUCAAAGCUUAUUCACUUUUCAACAGUGCAACAUCUUCCGGCCAAAACAUAAAGUGCAACCCGUCGUAAUACCCUUGUAGGAGCCGAUAAUUAAUUACAUACAUGGACUAUUGCUCCUUGUAAAUGGAAUGAAUAAAUACGG